CUGUUCUAUAUGAGCGCGAGCGGCGGGACCUCUGCUCCUCUUAUUAUUUUACCGCCAUCCUAGAGGGGCGCUCCCUCCUCCUGUCUCCAGGCACUGCGCGGCGGCAGCAGCGGACUUCUGGCUCUGUCACCCCGGUGUUAAUCUGAAAAAUGGCCAACAUAGACAACAAAGAUCAGGCAGAACUUGACCAGCAGGAUAUGGAAGAUGUAGAAGAAGUUGAAGAAGAAGAAACUGGCGAGGAUGCUAAUAGUAAAGCUAGACAAUUGACUGCACAAAUGAUGCAGAAUCCUCAGAUUCUUGCCGCCCUGCAGGAAAGGCUAGAUGACCUUGUAGGUACUCCUACAGGUUAUAUUGAAAGUUUGCCUAAAGUAGUUAAGCGAAGAGUAAAUGCACUAAAAAAUCUUCAGGUGAAGUGUGCACAGAUUGAAGCAAAGUUCUAUGAAGAAGUCCAUGCAUUGGAGCGAAAAUAUGCCGAUUUAUACCAGCCACUCUUUGACAAGAGAAGCCAGAUCAUAAAUGCUACAUAUGAGCCUACAGAAGAGGAAUGUGAGUGGAAAAUAGAUGAAGAGGAGGAAAUUUCAGAGGAGAUGAAAGAGAAAGCUAAAGUUGAAGAGGAGAAAAAAGACGAAGAGAAAGAAGACCCCAAAGGAAUUCCAGAAUUCUGGUUAACUGUGUUUAAAAAUGUUGAUCUUUUGAGCGAUAUGGUCCAGGAGCAUGAUGAGCCCAUCCUAAAGCAUUUAAAGGACAUAAAAGUAAAGUUUUCAGAUGUCGGUCUGCCAAUGAGUUUCACCUUAGAGUUUCAUUUUGAGCCUAAUGAAUUCUUUACAAAUGAAGUGUUGACAAAAACGUAUAAAAUGAGGUCGGAGCCUGAUGAGACUGAUCCCUUCUCAUUUGAUGGACCUGAAAUUAUGGGCUGUACAGGAUGCCAGAUUGACUGGAAGAAAGGAAAAAAUGUUACUUUAAAAACCAUAAAGAAAAAACAAAAACAUAAGGGACGCGGUACAGUAAGGACUGUGACAAAAACUGUUCCCAAUGACUCAUUCUUCAACUUCUUCAGCCCUCCUGAAGUACCAGAAAAUGGAGAACUGGAUGACGAUGCUGAAGCCAUUCUUACUGCAGACUUUGAAAUCGGACACUUUUUACGUGAGCGAAUAAUUCCUCGAUCCGUGCUUUACUUCACUGGAGAAGCUAUAGAAGAUGACGAUGAUGAUUAUGAUGAGGAGGGUGAAGAAGCAGACGAUGAGGAAGGGGAGGAAGAAGCAGAUGAGGAAAAUGAUCCAGACUUUGAACCGAAGGUUUAAAUGGUGUCCAGAAUUCAUGUUCUGGAAAGAUCAAAACCCGGCUGAGUGCAAACAGCAAUGAAGCAGUGUGUAUGUGGCCUUGAGGAUUACCUGCACUGUAAUAAAUUAAACUAUUAGUUACUUACAGCCUUAUGUUUUGUAUCUUCUUGGUAGAAUAAAGUAAACAAUUUUUUGUUAUAAAACAAUAAAAUUAAAACAUUUAAAAAACAUGUUCAAAUGGUAAGAUCAUUGGACUUGGUAUUUUACGUGUAAUCUCCUGCCAGAUAUUUAAUAGGACGCAGAGAUCCCUUUUAAAGCAUGUUGUUCACUGCUUCAUAGUCUUGGGUAUUGUGGAGUCUUUUCGCCAUGUAUAUCAGCAGUUAUGAGUCUUCACAGCUGCAAUCGGAUAACCAGCCUUCCGUUUAGAUAAAUCUCCUACGGAACCAAAGUAUUUUUCAGCCCAGUAGUUUUAAACCGGUGUCGGUAGCUUGCAAUAGCUGUGCCUUCAUGACUUUGUUCUAGAAAUACAGUUAUUACCUUGAAAAUGGUACAUUAAAGAACUUACCCUUGCAAUAUCUUUCCAAUCAGACCAUGUCCAUUGAUCAUGUCUGCUUGUUUAUGCUAUGGGUUUUUGUAUUAUGUGACUGUGAUCUACAAAGAAGUAAUGGUCAACAUAACAAAGUUAUUGUUUAACACUGGGGUGUUAAUAAAACCUAGUAUUUUCAGAAA